GGCGGGAGGGGUGGCGCGGGGUGGGGGCGAGCGCGGGGCGGGGGGGCAGCGGCAGCCGCUCCCGCCUUGCCCAGCCCGGCCCGGCAGAGGCGGCAGGAGGAGGAGGAGGAGGAGGGCGCGGAGCGCAGACAUGGCGGCCAACAUGUACCGAGUGGGAGAUUAUGUAUAUUUUGAAAAUUCUUCCAGCAAUCCGUAUCUCAUCAGGCGAAUUGAAGAGCUUAACAAGACUGCAAAUGGAAAUGUGGAAGCAAAAGUGGUGUGUUUUUACAGACGAAGAGAUAUUUCCAACAGUCUUAUAAUGCUUGCAGAUAAGCAUGCUAAAGAAGUUGAAGAAGAGUCUGAAACCACAAUUGAGGUUGACUUGACUGAUAAACAGAAACAUCAGUUGAAGCACAGGGAGCUGUUCCUUUCUCGACAGUAUGAGUCCCUUCCUGCAACACACAUCAGGGGAAAAUGCAGUGUUGCACUUCUGAAUGAGACAGAAUCUGUGUUGUCCUAUCUGGAGAAAGAGGAUACUUUUUUUUAUUCAUUGGUAUAUGAUCCAUCACUGAAAACGCUUUUAGCAGACAAGGGAGAGAUCAGAGUGGGGCCUAGAUACCAGGCAGAUGUGCCAGACAUGCUUGCAGAAGGAGAAUUAGAUGACAGAGAACAGGCAAAGCUGGAAGUAAAAGUAUGGGAUCCAGAUAGCCCCCUUACUGACCGUCAGAUUGACCAGUUUUUAGUUGUAGCACGUGCGGUUGGCACGUUUGCUCGAGCACUGGACUGCAGUAGUUCCGUCAGGCAACCUAGUUUACACAUGAGUGCAGCUGCUGCUUCCCGAGACAUCACAUUGUUUCAUGCAAUGGAUACCUUGCAUAAACACAACUAUGAUUUGAGCAGUGCCAUCAGUGUUCUAGUGCCGCUUGGAGGGCCUGUUUUGUGUAGAGACGAAAUGGAAGAAUGGUCAGCAUCAGAAGCUAGUUUAUUUGAAGAAGCAUUGGAAAAGUAUGGGAAGGACUUCAACGACAUUCGACAAGACUUUCUCCCUUGGAAGUCACUGACUAGCAUCAUUGAAUAUUAUUACAUGUGGAAAACCACUGACAGAUAUGUGCAGCAGAAACGUCUGAAAGCAGCUGAAGCAGAAAGUAAAUUGAAACAAGUAUACAUCCCCACCUACAAUAAACCAAAUCCCAAUCAAAUAUCCAGCAACAGUGGGAAACCUGCUGCAGUGAAUGGAGCAAUGGGAGCCUCUUAUCAGGCACAAGCCUCACUAAUAGGUCGGGCUUGUGAAAGUUGCUAUACUGCACAGUCUCACCAGUGGUAUUCUUGGGGCCCCCCUAAUAUGCAAUGUAGAUUGUGUGCAUCUUGCUGGAUUUAUUGGAAGAAAUAUGGUGGCCUGAAAAUGCCCACACAGACAGAUGAAGAUAAACUGUCUUCCAGCCAACCUGCAGAGGAGUCCCAUGUUAGAACUCAUAUGUCCCGCCAGGCCACGCAGGGAACUCCAGUUCGUAACACUGGGAGUCCAAAGUCAGCAGUGAAAACACGCCAAGCUUUCUUUCUUCACACAACGUGUUGGACAAAACUUGCUCGCCAGGUCUGCAAAAAUACCCUCCGGCUGCGGCAGGCAGCAAGACGUCCUUUUGUCCCUAUUAACUGUGCUGCCAUUAAGGCAGAAUAUGCAGAUCGACAUUGCGAAGUUGCUGGAAAUCCUCUGAAGAUCAAAAGCACCAGAAAACCACUGUCAUGUAUCAUUGGUUACUUAGAGAUUCAUCCUGCAGUGAAACCUAAUGUAAUCAGGUCAACACCAAGCCUUCAAAGUCCAAGUGCAAAACGACUGCUUGCACCAUCUAAUCACUCUUCAUUAAGUAUUUUGGGAAAAAGAAACUACACUCAUCAUAAUGGCCUUGACGAAUCAUCCAGCCAUACAACAAGAACAAUAAUGCAUGCUGCUCCCCAUGUUCAUAUGACUAAUGGUAAGGCCUUGCAAGCCAGUGCAAAUGCCAUUAAGACAAGCACCAUUCCAGUGAUCAAGAGACAGAGGCAAAAUUGGCUUGAUGCUUCAGAUGAUGGUUUCUUUAUAGCUACAGAAGAGACCAGAAAAAUUCGUAAGAAGUUCACCAGAUCACAGCUGAAAAGAGCUUCCAGAACACCUUGUACUCCAAUUAUUGUGAAGACAAAGUCUCUCAUGAACAAUAGGCAGGCACAAACAGAGCCUGAAACUAUCAUGCACUGAAGAUAACAGCGACAGCACCAUAAUUGUGUCAGAAUCAUGUUUAAUUGUGAAUGCAGAUACAACAGGACCUUCCACAAGUAGAUGAAAGACGGAAAUACUGUAAGGCCAGACUGGCUGGGUUUUGUAUUCUGGGCAGGAUCCAACAGCAGCCCUUGUUUUCCCCCAUCUCUGCAAGGGCUACUUCUGGUUAGCUGUGCUAGCUGAUCUCCAAUUUUAUACUGUUCUCCCCAUCACCAUUCAUUAGAGUUGGCUGUUCAAGGAGGGACGGGCACUGAACACACCGGAGUACGGAUGCGGAGUACACCCUCCACAUUUGUCUAUGCCUUCUAGUGAGAUGAUGCAAAAAUAUGCAGCUUUCAGGAUGAUUGCAGUCUCUUUAAAGCAGGAUGUAGCCUUGAGGGGCUGCAUUUUCAAAACCAGCUGCAGACUUUGGGUGUUUGGAUUUUUCAGUGUCAGCCUGAGUCACUUUGGAUUCGGUUUUCUGAAGUGCUGAGCAUCCAGAGCCUCAACUGAGGACAAGCACUUGCUCAGCAGUUCUGAAACUUAGACCAAAUCAGGCAGUGCCCAGAAUUAGCAGCCAGUUUUCAAAAUGCUGGCCAUAUUAACUUUGGUUAAGAUACUGGAAAGUAUCAUGUGUGACAGUGAACAUCCAGCCGGGCUAGUUGCUUGUGUAGGAACUGGUCCCAUUGUCUGCAUAUUUGCAAGCAUCCGUCUGUUUCUUUGGGUAUUUUUAGCAUUUCUUGAGUUCUAUUCUGAAUAGUGAAAACCAGCAGAAUGCCAUUCCCAAGAAAACAUGAAGAAAUAGAAUUUUUCCUAUCAGAAAUGCCUCUCCAUAAAAUAAUUUUUACAUUUUAAUACAUCUGGAUGAAAAGGUGUGUCUUGCAGAAUGCUUUGAAAAUCAUGAUUGUAAGAUGCAGAUGAAUACUUACCAUGGAGAGAUGAUGUGCCUUUUGAAACUGUGUGUAGGAAACUGUCAGUCCCGCUGGAGCAGGAACGACAGCACAGACAGGUCUUUUUCUACUCAGGUACUUACAGGUUAACGAACUCUGCCGUCCUUUGAAAUCAAGAAGCAACCAGUGUGUAGUACUGCUAUGUAAACUUAGAUAUGUUGAUUAUCUGAGGUGGUUUAUGCCCUUCACUAGAUUUGGUGUCUGUAUGGCUUUAAAAUGUAGGCAGACAUUGAACACAUCAUAAGCUGAGGCAAACUUCAAGACUCUUUUUCUGGUUCUCUAUUAGGUAGCUCUAACAGUAUUGUAUAGGUGUCAGCUCUGUGCUUAGAACAACAAAGACUUAAGUGGUAUCUCAUGCCUCUGGGUGGUCCCAAAAGAAGUAUUUCUCCCCCAUGUGAUUUAUGCUCUCAGCCUGAAAGAAGUCUGUGAUAUCAGCCAAUAGCUGGCCACACUGUCAGUGUAGGAUUUUGAGUUAUUGAGACAAAGUCACCCAGGUGUUCCCUCAAGACAAGAGGGCACCUUUGAUCUCCUGAAGGGACUCACUGAUGAUUUUCCUGAGUGAUGGAUCCAGGUCUUGUUCACUGUCCUUCACCAGCAAGAAGAAUGGGAAUCUGAAGGAGACGUUAUGAUAGGAAGUGCUUCUGGUAUCCUGAGCACCUUAAUGAUUGUCAAAGAUUGGGAUUCAGGUGAAGAAGACCUGGGAUUCAUCUGCUUACAGGUCCUUUCAGUAGCUGCUAAAGCGUGCAGUCCCAGGAGUCUCUUCUAUCCACAGAAUCUGCUUUUUCCUCACAACGGGAGGGCUUUUCAUCAGAUAAUGAGCAGAGACAACCUAUUCUUAUUAGUAAGAAUUGCCUUUAUUAACUGCGACAUAUGGAAAUACCUUCUGUAUAAUAGCUUCCUCCCCCAUUAAUAUAAAGAAAACAUGAUCAUUCAGAAAUCUGUUCGACUGAAAGAAUGAAAAACACGAACAGAAAGAGCUUUGUCUCCCUCCAGCAUCACUGAAAUCACACACAGCAGACUCAUUUUCAGUGUCAUUAGAUGUAAGGUGGCGGAUUUUGUCUGAUUUACCCUGCCUUAUUAAGCUUGUAUUCAAAUUCUUUCUUUUAGUCAGUGUACUACUGUGUCUGGCUAGUGUUUUGUAAAAUCUUUGUGUACUCUGUUUUCUGCUUUUGAUGAAAGUAUUGGUAUUUGUAAUAGUCUGAUGUGAAGUCAUUUUUUCUUCUUUCCCUCUGAGGAGAGAGAGGGAGAUUCGUAACACGACUUCCUGUUAUGCAGCCAGCUGCCUGACACAGUUAUCUUUUGCAUCAAAUCCCAGGUAAGGAAGCAUCCUACUUUACAGCUUCAAGCUGAGACACUUCAUCUGGAUACACUGGAAAUUAUGCUGUGCCCCUGCAUGACAGAGUCAUUUCACAGGUUGCAAUAGCCUGCUCCUGGGGAGGGUAAGGCAGGAAAGAGACUGUUCUUUGGAAUAACUUCUGGUCCAUCUUUAAACUGUUUUGCAUGCAGCUGCACAGAGACGUUCCCUCCCCUAAAAUGCACACGUGCACAGAGAAAUUAUACUCCAUGUAUUGCACAUUUGUCUUUUACCUACUCUCUCUGAAUCUUAUCUUUCCUGCAAGAUGUUCUCCACAGAUGGAUACCUCUGAAUUUCAACAGAAAGCAUCGAUGGAAGAUUAGUCGAAGAUGUAUUCUGUUGUGCUUGGGCAUAGAGAUUUAAGCGUGGUAGAAACUGUCACACUUCUUUCCACAAUGUCAUGCAGUUUCAUGCUUUCUGUUGAGUUAAAGAUUUUUUCACUGGCUAAGAGCAAAGAUGACACAUUCUACUGUGAGCUAUAACAGUGUAUCGACAACAAACCAGAGCUCAGUACUGUUUUUAUCAAGCUUCUCGAGCUAGUUAUUUUAAAAGUAGCUAACAUAUCUCAGUCAUCAACACUGAAACUGAGUAUAAACAUAAACCUCAGAAACAAGGACAAGAAGUUUUGUUCUUACUGAGAAUGUGAGCAAGAGAAUUUAGCCAGCAUCAUACUGCAUUUUCAAUAUGAUUUACUUUCUUGUUAGCUAAAUAAGGAAGCUAUGCGAAAAACUGCCUCUCAUCUUACAAAUACAGGAUUAGAAAACCAUGCAAAGUGCAUGAUCUUUUUGUGUCCAGAGGUCUCAUAUAAAAAGUAGGAAGAUCUUGUUAAAAUGCGUACGUUGCUGAUUUCAAGUAUAUAACUACUUCGCUCUCUUGAAAUAUUUUGUAUGUUUUUAGAUUAUUUUCAAAGGCCAUGAUUUAGUGAUGGAAGUUUUGGCUUUGUAGGAUGAAAAAAUUAGGUUUUGAAAUACAUAAGAUUGCUUGAAGUAUGUUGGUGAUAUUAAAAUAUCAUCCUCUAAAUCAGUGUUUUGUUUAAAAGCAAAUAUUGCUUUCUUUUCUACAAUCCUAAUCUUGCAGCAAUGUAUGAAAAUCUGGGUGGGGUGGGGAUUGAAAUUCCCUCUGAAUGAUGAAGAACAAACAAGUAGUAAAAAUGGUGAAAUGGAAUUUGCACUUACGUGAUGUACACUUUUUAUUAAUCUAAAGUAAGAAUUUUUUUAUAAAUAUGAUUUUAACCCAGUACUUUCCUAAUUACUAAGGCUUAAAUAAAUGGAAUGGCUUCAUUGUACUUUCUGAUUAUGGUCACAGCAUAAACAUUGUGCAGCCUUGUGCAGAAAACAAUUAUAAUCCUUCAGAAACAGUUCAUUGCAAAGUACAGCGGACAUUGUGUCUUUACAUAUGUGUACUUCUAUGGUAAUGAAAGUGUUGGAAUCCUCUGGAAAUUUCAGCAAAACAAUAUUCAUUUUUCAUUUUCUCUUGAAGGUCCUUUAUAUAAACCAUGUCUUCAUAAACCAGAGUGGGUGUCAAGAGAUCUCAGUUUAUAUAACUGCACAGUUGAAUUUUUUGGAGUAAGUCAGGACUUUUUUAUUCAAAUGUUGCAUGUUGAGGGAGGCAACCUAAUUUUGGAAUAAAGAGGUUUGGGAUAAGAGUUUUGAGGUCGUAUUAUACAGUGAUCAAUAAAUUUUCAGAAUAUGUUCCCGUUGCUCAUAAAGUUUUAACAGUUUGUAUUGAAAUACAGUAUUGAAGAAUAAAAAAAAAAAGAAGCAUGAAAGAGCUGUCAUUUUUAAAAUUCUAUUGUUAGCACUGAAAGGGAAUGGUAAAACUGGGUGGAUAACCGCUGAGUGUUUGAGGAUGUGGAGCACCUUUGAACUAAACGUAGUACUAUUUCAUUUACAUUAAAGUGUUUUUGUGUACAAACU